UGUCUUGGGCUCAAUGCUUCCUGUAGAUGUAGGUGUGGGAGUUUGACGCCGUUGUUGAUGUGAACCUUACGGCAGCCGUCCGUCACCGGUCUUCUCCUUCCUCCCUAUGUUGUGAAGUCGACGCAAGGGGCAGCUCACCCCAUUGUCCAGCAGUUCACCCCAUUCCCUUUCCCGUAAGAGUGCACAGCACGGACCGGCAGUCGUCGAGGCGGAGGAGGAGAGCAUCGGCGUGCCGUGCGGAGCAGCGGCCGCUGCUCCUUGCCAUAGGUGCCGUACAGCCGAUCGACAUCGACAACUCGUGAGCAGGCUCUUGGAGACCGCAUCGAGGGGAAUCGGAUACCGCAUCGAGUGCAAAGGGGCGCGGCGUGCGCAGUAGGCGGCAGCGAUUCCAGCCGCGUCCGGGCUACGCGGCAUUGAUUCCUGCUGCGGUCAUGCAGCCUUGAAGGUUGUUUUGAUCAAUCGCUGCGUCGAUCUCGUGGAAGACAGUCUGCAUCGACGAGGCAUUGGGCAUCGAGGCAUCGAUUCCUGCUGCGCUCGUGAAGCCUUGCAGGAUGAUUUGAUCAAUCGCUGCAUCGAUCUCAUGCAAUACAGUGGGUCUGCAUCGACGACGGCCACAUUCAUUUCGAAAAUGCGCCAUUGAAGAGCCGAGGCCUCCUAUUUUAGAGACCCCUCGGUCGCAAAUGGCUGCAAGAGGAACCAAGAGGAAAUUUGAGGCCGCUGAACCUCUGAUCUGCUCCUCCCCUUCUUCGGCGUCGCCCAUCGACGUCGGUAAGCUGGGAGAGGAGUCCGUGGAGCUGGAAUUGAGCGAAGAUUCGACCAAAUCUUACCUCUUCGACGCUGCAUCCGGAGCCACUGCACAAGACGAUGUGGAGCUUGUCACUCGUGCACUCUCCUCCGUAGCUGCGAAGUCCCCCGAAGCCGUCCGGCAGUUCAUCCGCCGCCUCACCCCGGAGAAGGUUGCACGCUCGCUGGACUAGGACCUCCUCGAAUCGGACAAACUAAGAAAGGUAAUACCUUGCUCUAUUUGUGUUUCCUCAUGAUUAUUUUGGUAUGCUCAAUUUGUGUGCUUAGAUGGCCGGCGGAGGUCACACUCACUGGACUGAGGACGAACUCCAUGCGUUCUUGGAAAGCUGCAUGGAGGAAAUAGAAGCUCGCAACAUCACUUCGUCAUGCCCCAAGACUCAGGGGUAUGCCAACUUGCAGGCCAAGAUGCUGUCCAAGGCAGGGAAGCAUGUCAGCAAGCAGCAAGUGAAGAACUUCUGGGGUGCUUGUCGCCGCCGUUUCCAGACCUGGACAUGGUUGGAAUCGAUGGCUACAGGGCUGGGAACAAACCCGUACACCGGCAGCAUUGACGCCUCCCCAGAGUGGUGGGAAGCAAUGGAAGGGAUGAGAAAAUGUGCUAGGUCUUUCAGGAAUGCACCUCUCAGAUUCAUUGCUGAGCACCAUGCUGUCUUCAGGGGGAGGUGUGUUGUCGGCAACCGUUCAAGUGUCCCAGGCACUGAACUGGAACAGCAGUUGCAGCCAGCCAACGCAGAACUCCUCGAUGUUGAGGACCUUGUCGACGUGCCAGAUGCGCCACAGUCACCUGAUCCACCAUCACGGUCAAGGCCAACCAGGGGUAGGGGCAAAAGGGUGGCAACACCGGCUAGUGGGUCUAGGGGUUCCAAAAGGACCCGCAGUGACUCCACCGGUGAGGCUUUGCAUAGGCUCGCUGAUCUGAGGGUUAAGUCUAGUGAGAGUAAGGCACAAAAGCAGCGAGAACGUGAGGCUAUGAGUGCUCGUGCAUGCAUUGAGUUGGUCAAGUCUGAUGGGCACUUAUUUAGCUCAGAUGUUUACCACAUGGGGGUUUUGCUCUUUAGUGACCCAUACUUUUGCGAGUUCUUCCUAGGUGAUGCCAUUACCCCGGAGAUGCGUGAGUACUACAUUAGGUUCCACUAUGCCAUGAAGUUUCCUAAUGGUGGAGGAUUUUUCCCUCCACCAUCUUGCUCAGGGGGUUGGUUUCCACCUGGUGGUACACGGUUUGAUGGGGGUGAUGGGGGGACCCUGGGGAUGAUGGUGCUGGGGGAGCCGACGGAGCUGCAGUGUGUUGAGUGGGUAUGGUGCUUCUGCUAGUGCUAUUGUGUGCUGUUGUGUGCUAGCUGUGUGUUAUGGCCGUGCUGUGUGUGCCUCUGUGAGUUGCUACUGAGUGACUGCUGCUAAGUUUUGCUGCUGCUGGUGCGACUGAAGCUGAAGUUGGUUGCUCUGCCUUUUUAUUCCAUCGUUAUGUUAGUGAAAUAAUGUGUUCGAUUUUUAAAUCGAACAUAGUUAUGUUAUAUGCAGGUUGAUUUGUAUUGAUGUAAGAACAAUUCGGCACACGUUGCGUAUUAAUCUAAGUUGGUUGUUCUAAUGGAAUAAUUUAUUUUA